CCUCCAGUGAGCUCUGUGAGAGGAAUUCAACGCACCCAGCAACACAAUCAUGUGACCGGUCAUGAGGAAGUAAACAGGGCAGCUGCAAAGAGACUGACUAGCGAGCAGCCAAACACACCGCAGGGAUAUCUGGAGCAUUUGCUACAAAAACACCCCUGCUCCCUUCGGCCACGAUGGUGGACUUCCUGGCAGAUAAUAAUCUGUGUGGCCAGGCAAUUCUCCGUAUAGUUUCCAGAGGGAAUGCUAUUAUUGCAGAGCUCCUGCGUCUUUCUGACUUCAUCCCAGCAGUUUUUAGGUUGAAAGACAGAAGCGACCAGCAGAAAUAUGGAGACAUUAUCUGUGACUUCAGCUACUUCAAGAAUGCUGAGUAUUAUGAGGGGAAGUUGGAGGCCAAACCGGAGCUUCAGGACCUGGAUGAAGAGUUCAGGGAGAAUAACAUUGAGAUUCUAUCCAGAUUCUAUCUGGCUUUUGAGAGUGUCCACAAAUACAUAGUGGAUCUCAACAGAUACUUAGAUGACCUCCACGAGGGUGUUUAUAUUCAGCAGACCUUGGAAACUGUGCUUCUAAAUGGGGAUGGGAAACAGCUCCUGUGCGAGGCUCUCUACCUGUAUGGAGUCAUGUUGUUGGUUAUCGACCAGAAAAUUGAAGGAGAGGUCCGAGAGAGGAUGCUCGUUUCAUAUUAUAGAUACAGUGCCGCUCGUUCCUCCACCGACUCCAACUUGGACGACAUCUGCAAGCUCCUGCGCAGCACCGGCUACUCCGCCCAGCCUGGAGCCAAACGACCAGCCAACUACCCAGAGAGCUACUUUCAGAGGGUACCCAUCAGUGGUGCUUUCAUUAGCAUGGUGAUUGGGAGGCUACGCUCAGAUGACAUCUACAACCAAGUGUCUGCCUACCCUUUACCUGAGCAUCGCAGCACGGCGCUGGCCAACCAGGCCGCCAUGCUUUACGUCUGCCUAUUCUUCAGCCCCUCCAUACUGCACACCCAGCAGGCCAAAAUGAGAGAGACAGUGGAUAAGUACUUCCCUGAUAACUGGGUCAUUAGUAUCUACAUGGGGAUCACGGUGAACCUGGUUGAGGCCUGGGAGCCGUACAAAGCUGCCAAGACGGCUCUUAACUACACCCUGGACUCUGCCAACAUCAGAGAGCAGGCCACUCGCUAUGCUGCCAGUAUGGAGAGCCUGAGGCCUCAGGUGCAGCAACUCUUAAAGGAAGGGUUCCUCAGAGAGGAGCUCAUCUUGGACAACAUCCCCAAACUACUGAACUGUCUGAGGGACUGCAAUGUUGCUAUCCGCUGGCUAAUGCUGCACUCUGCAGAGUCAGCCUACGACUCGAACAACAAGCGGCUGCGACAGAUCAAAGAUCAAGUCCUCAACGACUCCAAGUACAACCCUAGGAUCCUGUUUCAGCUCCUAUUAGACACCGCUCAGUUUGAGUUCUCACUCAAAGAGAUGUUCAAGCAGAUGCUGUCAGAAAAGCAGAUCAAAUGGGAGAGCUACAAGAAAGAGGGAUCUGAGAGAAUGACCGAACUGGCCGAAGUCUUCUCUGGGGUCAAACCCCUCACCAGGGUAGAGAAAAACGAGAAUUUACAAGCAUGGUUCAGAGAAAUCUCAAAGCAGAUUGAGUCUUUGAACUAUGAGGACUCCACAGCUGCUGGGAGGAAGACGGUGCAGCUGAUACAGGCUCUUGUUGAGGUCCAGGAGUUUCACCAGCUGGAGUCUAACCUGCAGGUGUGUCAGUUUUUGGCUGACACCAGGAAGUUCCUGCACCAAAUGAUCCGCACCAUCAACAUCAAAGAAGAGGUCCUGAUCACCAUGCAGAUAGUUGGAGAUCUCUCCUAUGCGUGGCAGAUAAUUGAUAGCUUCACAUCCAUUAUGCAGGAGAGCAUCAGAGUCAACCCGUCCAUGGUCACAAAGCUGAGAGCUACAUUUCUGAAGCUGGCUUCUGCAUUGGAUCUUCCGUUGCUGCGUAUCAACCAGGCCAACAGUGCCGACCUGCUGAGUGUCUCCCAGUUCUACUCUGGAGAGUUGGUGGCUUAUGUUAGAAAGGUGCUUCAGAUUAUCCCAGAGAGCAUGUUCACCUCUCUGGCCAAGAUCAUCAAACUUCAGAUCCAUGAUAUCAUGGAGGUGCCAACGAGGCUGGACAAAGACAAGCUGAAGGACUACUCACAACUAGGAGCCCGUUAUGAAGUGGCAAAACUCACCCAUGACAUCUCGAUUUUCACUGAAGGCAUCUUGAUGAUGAAGACCACCUUAGUCGGAAUUAUCAAAGUGGAUCCUAAGCAGCUUUUGGAAGAUGGCAUCAGGAAGGAGCUGGUGAAGAGGGUGGCUUAUGCUUUGCACAAAGGCUUAAUCUUCAGCCCCAAGGCUAAGCCCAGUGAACUGAUGCCGAAGUUGAAGGAUAUGGGCGCCACCAUAGAUGGCUUCUACAGGUCGUUUGAGUACAUCCAGGACUACGUCAGCAUUUAUGGCCUUAAAAUCUGGCAGGAGGAAGUGUCUCGCAUCAUCAACUAUAAUGUGGAGCAGGAAUGCAAUAGUUUCCUCAGGACUAAGAUCCAGGACUGGCAAAGUGUUCAUCAGUCCACACACAUACCCAUUCCGAAAUUCCCCCCUGUGGAUGAGUCUGCCACCUUCAUUGGUCGUCUCUGUAGGGAGAUCUUAAGAAUCACCGAUCCAAAGGUGACAUGUUACAUUGACCAGCUGAACACCUGGUAUGACAUGAGGAGCCAUCAUGAAGUGACCAACAAUAGGCUGUUCUCUGAGAUCCAGAACACCCUGGGCACAUUUGGUCUCAACGGACUGGACCGACUGCUCUGCUUCAUGAUUGUCAAGGAACUUCAGAACUUCCUGACAAUACUCCAGAAAACUAUCCUUAAGGACAAAGCAGUGGUGGAUGUUUUCAAAACUGUGCUAGCUGCAGUCAACCCAGUACAAGGCAUUGUGGCUAAUGCCAGUAAACUCUAUGCAAGUGCUGUGGCCAAGUCACAAAAGAUAUGGGGUGCAUAUCUGGAAUCCAUCAUGAAGGUUGGCCAGAUGCAGAUUCUCCGUCAGCUGAUUGCAAAUGAGCUAAACUACUCCUGCAAGUUCGACUCCAAACACCUGGCAGCUGCUCUGGAAAACCUCAACAAGUCUCUGCUAGCAGACAUUGAAGCCCACUACCAAGACCCGACCCUGCCCUAUCCUAAAGAAGACAACACUCUUCUGUAUGAGAUCACUGCCUACCUGGAGGCUGCUGGUAUUCAUAACCCGCUCAAUAAGAUAUACAUCACUACAAAGCGUCUCCCGUACUUCCCCAUCAUCAACUUCCUGUUUGUUGUUGCUCAGCUGCCUAAACUUCAGUACAACAAAUACCAGGGAAUGAGCUGCAGGAAAGCAACCGACCCAGUUGACUGGCCACCUCUAGUGCUCGGCAUGCUCACACUGCUCAAGCAGUUCCACUCCAGAUACACACAGCAGUUCCUAGCUCUCAUUGGUCAGUUCAUCCGAUCUGUCAUGGAGCAGUGCACAAGUCAGAAAAUCCCAGACAUGCCUUCAGAUGUGGUGGGAGCACUGAUGUUCCUCGAAGACUAUGUGAAGUACACCAAACUCUCACGUAAGGUAGUCGAAGCUCAUGUGCCAAGUUUUAUUUUCGAUGAGUUCAGAACAAUACUGUGAUCACCCAAAUAUGACAUUUCAUCUUGAGAUUCUCCACAUAUUGCCGGAGGUGUUUUCUUCAUUCCAGACAUGUUGUGUUGUAGUAAUGGAAAAAGUACAAGUGUUACUAAUAAGAACUACAGCUGAUUCAAGUCUGUCAGUAAGCUUCUGUAUAUGUCAUAGCAGGAAAAUUAAAGGCGUUAUAAUAAUGCCUCGCGAAUGUCAGCCUCAUUUAGUAUUUUACUUGCAUUUCAUUUGUUAAACUAAAAUACUCUGCGCUAAUAUUGAGUUGUACAAUAAAUCUAAUGUUGGUUGCCUUUAUAUACUAGUAUAUACUUUAUAUACUAUGUUCUUGCUUAUAAAACGUUGACAAUAAAGAUAUUCUUGAUAAUC